AUGGGAAACGAUGAACAUGAUCUUGGAGAACUACUAAUGGUUCUGGGAGAUCUUCACGUCCCUCAAAGAUCACUCUUCCUACCUCCCUGUUUCAAGCGCCUUCUAAAGACCGAUAAAAUCAAAAGAGUUAUAUGUACAGGAAACGUAGGCUCAAAGGAAAUGCUGGAGGUCCUAAACGACAUUUCUCCAUCACUACACAUAGUACAGGGAGACUACGACGACGAUUUCGACCACCCAGAUACGCUAACCCUUAGUGUCGGAGACCUAAAAAUUGGAGUAAUCAACGGAUACCAAAUACCCACAUGGAAUAACAAAGAUCUACUUCUGAAGGUAGCCGUGGAUAUGAAUGUCGAUAUUUUGGUUUAUGGCCACUCCCACGUGAGCGAUAUAUCAAAACAUGGAGGGAAAAUAUUUGUAAACCCAGGCUCAGCAACGGGAUGUUACCAGCCAUGGCAGCCAAACUCAAUUCCAACCUUCAUGCUGAUGGCAAUACAAGGAUCAAAAGUGGUAAUUUAUGUCUACGAGGAACACGACGGAGAGGCUCAGGUUAUCAUGACUGAACUUGAUAAUCUGGAAUCUGGAAAAGCACCUUCACACACCGCAAACUCUUCAUCUCCAUUACCAUCUCCAAAAAACUCUUAA